AUGCUGAUUGCCGAAUGGUACACCAAGGCUCAGCAAACGACAAUCAACUCCGGCCGCGCAGAUCAGACCUGCUACUCUCUGAAGUAUGAGGACAAGUUGGUGCAGGAGCAAGCGCAGGCGGUCCCGCAGUUUGCGCAGGAGGAGGUGCAGCUCAAUGUCCUCGAAGAUGUUGUGAAACAGAGCCAAGGGUCCAUGAACUUGGAGGUCGUGGCUAUAGAGCCGCAGUGCUUCCAAGGAUUCGAGUGGUAUUCCUUGAGCAAGGCCAUCCCUGUUGGCCAUGCCAGCUGGAAUCUGAUCGGGCUCCUGGCAACCAGGAACGCAGCCCCUUUCAUGCCUCUCCCCGAGACGAAGACCCACGGCGUUUUGGAGGUGAUGGUGAAGCGCGCCUGCUUCGUGGAUUGCAGUGGGAAGCUCACCGGAGACUGCGAAGCAGCCGACAAAGAGCUGUCGCCUCUCCUGGCUCAGUUCAGCGAAGUUCCGGACCACGCCCAAGCGGAGCCUUCUUCUCCCUCCCCCGGGCCGCUCUACCACGAUCCCCUGCCCGUGCCCAGAACGCGCGGUGCACAGAUCGUAAACGGCGUGAUGGGCGAUGAGAGCUACACUGCGCUCUAUUCGGAGCGCGACGGCGUUUGGGCGUGGCAUCUCAUCUCCUGUGUCGCUGCUGUCGCCCUAGGAUUUCUUGUGACAGCAGGGCUCAUCACCUGCUGCACCUACAAGGCACCUCCGCCGACACCAAACGUUGGAGACGAGAAGAUCCGUCUUGUCUACGAAGGUCCGGAAGGCGAGCGGGAGGUUUUGCUUCGCCCGGCGGAUCACCUCUCUACGGCCUGGGACUCGGGAGCUUUGGGAGCGACUGCAGCGACCGUGGGCGCGGCAAUGGCCCUACAGACCGUGGUCCCGCCACCGACAGAGACGCGCGGUCUCUUCGGCACCAUGCGAUCCACGCAGCCGUAG